GUUUCCCUUAAGCUGCCUCUUGGUGUAACUCCUCUGUACAUUCUGUGCUGUGUGCUAUGCAUUGUGCAUGCUACUCUGUUUCUCACUGUGACAAACAAACAAACAGGGGCGGUGCGUGAUGGUUUCCGAGGCUGAUCAAAAAAAUGUGAUGCCCAGUGAUGAUCAGUGCUUUUUAGUGUAUUUCAUUGUGGGAACCUACUUUGGUCCUGACAUCAAAUCCGAAGGAGCCACCAAGAAAUCAAUAUUGCAGAGAGUAGCAGAAGGGUUCCCUCCAUACACAUUGAAUCAAUUAACCAAUUCUUUCAUCAAAGUUGUUGAAUUGGAGCGUGUUUAUUAUUAUAUACUCAGGAAGAGUGAUAAAUCACUCAUCCUUAAGUUAGCCUUUCUGCGUCGGUUCUUUCAAGGUCAGGGUGGAAAUAGCAAUUACCCCCACUUUCUCGAUUUGUUCCCUCUCCACUUGCACCCUCAGUCCCGCUUCCAAAACCUCUAUAACAUUGUUGAUAACAUUGUGUUUAUUAACAAUCCUGAUACCAGGUACAUAAAACCAGAGGAUGUUGCGAGGUUCAAGAGACUGAGUGGGGUUGAAGAGUUGCAUGUGGACAGAGACGCAGUCAGGUUGCAUCUAGUUGUUUCUUCUUACGACAAUUGUGUUCUCAACAACUCUAAGAUGUCUAUGGGAAAGAAUGAGAAUGAGUUCUCUGGUGGAUUUUAUAAGUUUCGGGAUAAUGUUCAUGGUCGUGUGAGGGAUACUACAACUCAUCGACAUCAGGGUGGUGAUAUUGAAGAUGAGGUGAAUGAUGAUCCUGGAGAAGUUGGGGCAGCUAUGUUGUUCCUUCCUACCCCUCCUUCUAGGGAGGAGUUGUCUGACAUGGUGGCUGCUACAAAGAAUGGAUUUGCUUUAACUGGAAGUGUGGCUAAGGCACCUUUUGGUCCCAGCAUAGGACUUCUGGACAUUGGAGAGUGUGAAGACUCCUACCUGUUUCGUGUGUCUCUUCCAGGAGUCAAGAGGGAUGAAAGGGAAUUCUUUUGUGAUGUUGAGACUGAUGGGAAGGUAAUGAUAACAGGAGUAACUAUAACAGGAGAGCCUACAGUGUAUAGGUAUUCUCAUGCUUUUGAAAUGCAAACUCAAAACCUUUGUCCACCAGGUGAAUUUACCUUGUCCUUCCAGCUGCCUGGUCCUGUUGAUCCACAUCACUUUUCAGUGUGGUUCCAAGAACGCAGGGUUAAUUCCAAUAUGAACAUUUCACAUGCCCUUGCAAAUAUGACAGGUGCCUCAGCUGAUAUCAUUCUGACAUCCUCAUCUGCCUUCAUAAUCUUUUUUAUCCUUGCCAAGGGAAGACUAUGGUUCUUGAAAUCAGUCACUUUCUCAAUUUCUUGAUAUUGAUUUGUCCAAAAGGCUUGGAGUCUCUGCUGCAUCUGCUGUUGUUGUUGCUGAUGCAUGUGCUGAUAAGCAAGUUGAUGCUGUCCUAGUUGAGUUGUGG